AUGAGCUGUACCGAAGGCUCUUUAGGAGAGACCGUGAAGGUGGAAGAAAAUGGUCGGAACAAAGAUUCUAUCUCCAGCGAUAUCAAUCAUACUGACACUCUGUCGGACGACAUAGGAGCACUACUGUCUAAUCCAAAUUUCUCCGAUAUCAUUCUGGUAGUCAAUGGAGAAAAAAUUCCUGCCAACAAAGCUCUUCUAGCUGCUCGUUUGCUUUAUGGCGGAUUGAAAGAGAGUGGGGAAGGCGAAGUCGUGCUGAAUCAAACCAACAUCUUUGCAUUUCGCAUUCUUUUGAGGUAUCUCUAUACGGCUAAGCUUUCUUUGGGUGAGUACGAGGAAGAGCAGCUGUUGGAGAUUCUUGGCAUCGCUCAUCAGUAUUGCGUAAUUAAACUCCAAAACGCAAUCGCUGANGGGAAGGCGAAGUCGUGCUGA